CCUACGAUUUAUUUAUUUUUAUUUAUUUAUUUAUUUUUACGAUCUCGUUCCUCUUCUCUGUCCUGCUUUCUGCAGAUGGGAAGAUGUCUCCUGUCCUGUUGAUGGUGAUUCUGUCCAUGCUUUCUGAAAGUUUGGCUUCAAAGACAGUAGACACUUCCAGCACUGAAAAUAUAUCAACAGAGUCGUUCCAAGAAGAAAUGUCAGAGAGGUGUAUUGUGGAUUCUGUGACCCUUGGCAACCAACCACUUCUGACCUCAGAGACGGUGUUCCAGCUGGUGAAUGCAUCCUGCAGCUUCAUCCAGGCUUUCCAAUACUGCCAGAGUCACUUCAGUUCCCUCACCUUCCGAGAUCAACGUGAGGAUGAAGAGGGAAUGAGGCAGGUUCUGGCUCAGACCAAGCUGCAGCAUCCGGUCUGGGUCAGAGACAGUAAGAACCUCAGCCCCACAUCCGUGCAGAGCCUUUACAAAAAUAAUGUUGUCCUCACAGGAUUGUCCUUCUCUGAUAACUCUAAAGAUGGGUAUGCUCGAGUGGAGGCUUCGUUCCCACCACUGUCUGAGGUGAGCGUGUGCAUACGUGCCCAGUUCGCCCAGUAUCAUGAAGAGGUGUCCACCUUGUUCUCAUAUGCUGCACCCACCUUGACAAACGAAUUCCAGCUUCGCGGAUGCUUAGACAAGUCUAAGCGUCACGUCUUACUGGCCCUCAUCAUCCACGGAAAGCAUCACUCUUACAAAGCUUGGUUUCCCAACAAUGGUGGCUGGCACCAGAUUUGCGUUACUUGGCGGAAAAGUGAUGGACUUUGGAAUAUUUACGUAGACUCCGAAAAACGCGACUCGGGUUCGGACAAAGCCUUGUCCCGGGAUAUCUAUGGAAAUGGGAUAUUAAUUCUGGGACAGGACCAGGAUUCUUUUGGGGGGAAUUUUACUGAGCCAUUUUUGGGGAACAUGACGGAUCUAAACAUUUGGGAUUCAUGGCUGCUGGAGAGAGAGAUUCCGAUGCUUUUCACCUGUUCACCUGCAUCAACUGUGAAGCCAUUUUUCAGCUGGCAAGAGCGGAAUCUGACUCUCCACACUGUUGUAAAGGAGAUAUCAGGGAUGGUGAAUUGCCCUGGUUUUCUGCAGCAGAAACAGAAAGAGCAGGAUUCCUGCCGAGUUCUGAAUGACUUUAAUAAUGGUGAACCAAAAUACAGCACGACACCUUGCUCAAACGCUCAUCCUUUCAUCUGCAAAAUCAGGAAAGACCGCUAUCUGAAGAAGAAAGAGCUGGAGGAGUCGUUGAUCUCACAGCCGAGUCCCCUCAUGCAAAACCUCAUGAGCAAUGGCAUGACAACUGAAGAUAUCCUUGGUAUGCCUGAUGCAGACGACAGCUGGCCUGGAAUCUCUAAUCUGCUUAAUGUUUCCAAGAGUUACUUGCAGGAGUCCCAGGACGAGCUGGAGAGCAGGGAUGUUCCACCUCUGCUUGGGAUGCUGUCUCGUGUUGCUGAGCUACCAAUCACAGGAGACCAGAGCCACUCGAUGGCACACGCAAUCAGCCACAGCUUCAUCAGUCUAGCGGAUACGCUCACGAGUGAGGAGAUCAAGGACAAAUGGGAGACCAUCAGAGAGGUUGUUAGUGGUCCAAUGGUUGUGGUGCAGACUAUCGACCGCAUGGCAUCUAAUCUCAGCCCGCUGCUCCUGGGGGGCACAGACCACGUUCAAAUAAACAGCAGCAAUAUCAGACUGCAGGUCAAACAGAAGAAUGUGUCUGAAAGUUCUCAUGGAUCAGAGUUCUGCAGUUCUGGAACAACUGGUCAACUAGGUCUGGACUGUAUCUCUGUUCCACCUCAAAGCAUGAAAGAGCUCCACAGUGAGGGCUUCGGGAAAGUGACUCUGUUAAAUGCGUGGUACGGCUCCUUGAGGCCGCUGUUGAACACAGAGGACAACAUCACGCUCAUCCCUGUUAGCACUGAUGCCUCUUUCAAGUAUAAGGACACGGUCCUGGGCUCAUCGAUUAUUUCUAGCAGAGUGAUGGCUGAUGGGAAGUUCAUCAGUCUGGGUGUGCAGUAUACACUCCGCCAUCACAUUCAGAGCACUUCAGGGAUUGUUCAUAAGCCCAUCUGCGCCUUUUGGAAUUUCGAGCUCCUGGCAGAGGAUAAAGGAGGAUGGUCAACUGAUGGCUGUGAGGUCAUUUCCUCACAAGAGAAUGCAACUUCCUGUUACUGUAACCACACCACCAACUUUGCCUUGCUCAUGCAGAUUUAUGAAGUUCAGCGUACCCUAGAGGAGGAAAGAGGUUUACAGAUCUUAAGCUUCGUCGGCUGCGGAGUGUCUCUGUGUGGCCUGAUCUUCACCUUCAUCCUCUUCAUUGCUGUCAGUGUCCCAAAAUCUGACCGCACAACAGUGCAUAAGAAUCUGAUAGUAGCUUUGGCAGCUGCUCAGUUUCUCCUCAUCUUCAGUUACUGGGCUUCUGCUAACCAGGAUCUGUGUUUGAUGGUGACGGCUCUCCUUCACCUCUUCUUCCUGGCCUCUUUCUGCUGGAUGCUGGUUGAAGGGAUGCUGCUCUGGAGCAAAGUCGUCUCUGUAAACAUCAGCGAGGACAGAAGAAUGAGAUUCUACUACGCCCUGGGCUGGGGCUUGCCAGUUGUCAUUGUCUCUGUAACCUUGACAGUGUCGCUGAAAAAGUAUAAGGCGGAGCAGCACUGCUGGCUCAACACAAAGUCUGAUAUUAUUUGGGCUUUUGUGGGGCCUGUACUGUUUGUUCUUACGGUCAACACCGUGGUCUUGUGCCGGGUUGUCAUGGUAACCGUCUCUAGCGCGAGGCGCCGGGCCAAAAUGUUGGCACCAAGCUCCGCCUCCAAAUCAAAGCCCCUGGAUCUGACGUGGGCAGCGACGCGGCCUGUCUUGAUUCUGAUGCCGGUUCUGGGUCUGACGUGGCUGUGUGGUGUUCUGGUUCACCUGUCAGUGGUUCUGGCCUACCUGUUUGUUGCACUUAAUGCCUUCCAGGGUUUGUACAUAUUCCUGGUGUAUGCGGUUUAUAACAGUGAGGUACAGAACGCUAUAAAGAGAAUUCAGGAGAAAAGGAAAGCUCUGUCCUUUACUAAUUGCUCUCAGCCAAUCAGCUUCUUGCCCUCUCAGAAGACCCCUGGUGCAUCAUGGGUAGACAGCUUGCCCACCCCUUCCAGCCCAGAGAGCAGCAGCUCCAGUCACAUGACCAACUCCACGGCCAGCUCGCUCGUCAUUAAGAACGAAAGUUUCAGAAACGAUAAACUUGUAAGCUUCUCAUUAAAACCAACUGCCGAAAAUCCAGUGGUUCAGCUGAUGGCCUUCAAACCUUCAGCCUGUUGAAGACAGGACACUGGUGGACAACACAUGCUGCUGACCCACGCACACACACAUACACACACACAAACGCAUGCACACACACACACGCACACACACACACAAAGUGAAGCAGCUGGAGAAGAGCAGGCCUCUCCCACACUGCAGUCCCCCUCGUUCCCAGGGUUAAAGUGAAACAGUGCUCUGUGUGUGUGUGUGUGUGUGCCUGAAGUUAUUCUCAUCUUCACUUCUCACCGAGCUUAGACUGCUGAAAACAAAGUGUAGUUAGUGUUAGGAUCAGACACACAGCGAGUCUUACCGCACCACACCUUCAGACCAGACGGCUUCGGCUGUCGGUGAGAAGCUUUACCGUGACUGUAGCUGAGUAGGUUCAUGUAGAUACACUGUAAUACGCUGUAGUGUCACGACACACUGACGUACGACACACUGACGUACGACACGCCUUAGUCCCCUGUGAUGUGACCUCACUGACGCCUGCCUACCACAAGAGCAGGAACUAGGAACGGUUCGAAUUAGAGAGGUGUCGCUGCAUAAAAUGUAGUUUAGAGAAAAAAAUUCAUUCGCUGUUUGUUUUUUUUAUUUUUUGGUUGUACCAUCUGACGAAACCAUAGAGAUGUGAUUUUAUUUCUGUUUCAAAUGGAUGUUCGAUAGAUGUAAAUUAUACGUGGAUUUUUUUCCUUAUCAUGAAAAAAAGAAAGUUGGUGAAUUGCUUUGACAAUAACGAAAAUCCCUGUAAAUAAACCUGCUGUAAACCUU